AUGGCUUAUGCUUUAGGAUUUGUUGUGGUAAUAGUAAGAUCUGACAUAGCUACUGGUGUACGGGGAAGAAAAACGUUCGUCAUACUUGGAUGUGAAAGAGGGGGAAAAUAUCAGAAAUACAAAGCCGAUGCGGUGGCUAGUGUAUACGACACUCGUAAAUUUGGUUACCCUUAUACUGGCAAGUUAAAUACGAGUGAGCAGUCAUUACUGGUUGAUAUGACAAAGAGUAAAGUUACACCUGCAAAUAUUUUAUUAACACUCAAACAAAAUAAUGAUCGAAAUGUCACAACGAUUAAACAAAUCUACAACGCAAGGCAAGCGUAUAAACGAUCAUUAAGAGGGUCCAUAACUGAACUACAACAGCUUAUGAUGUUGUUGGAUCGGGAUAAGUACAUUCACUGGAGUAGGUAUGCUGAUGAUUCAGAGGAUGUUACUGACCUAUUUUGGACACAUCCUGAUGCGAGUAAUUUCACAUGGGCUUUGAAAAAGCUGAAAGGUUUAUUUUUAACAUCUGAGGGUGGUCCUAAAGUCAUUGUCACUGACCAAGACUUGGCUUUGAUGAAUGUCAUUGCAAAUGUAUUCCCUAAGUCAUAUCAGAUGUUAUGUCGGUUCCACAUCCUUAAAAUUUUUAAAGCUAAAUGCAAAAUGUUAGUUCAUUCUACUGAGGUUUGGGAUGUGUUGAUCAAUGCAUGGGAAAAUGUGAUGGAUUGUGCUGAUGAAAGCUUGUUUGUUGAGUAUGUGAAUGGUCUUCAAUACGCAAGCAGCUCAUGGCCUUUGUUCUUUGAAUAUGUGAAUCAGACUUGGAUUAUUCUGUACAGUACAUACUUUGUAAAGUUAUGGACGAAUAGAGUAAUGCAUUUAGGGAACAUAACCACAAAUAGGGCUGAAUCUGCUCAUUGGGGCUUGAAGAAAGUUCUGGGCAAUAGUAUGGGUGAUUUGUGUUCUUGUUGGAAUAAUAUUCAUAACGUCAUUAUCAUACAACACAACAAGAUUAAGGCGUCAUUUGAAAGUAGUAUGUUGCUCACGAGUGACCAUUUUAAAGGCUACAAAUAUAGAGAACUUAUUGGGCAUGUCUCUCGAUAUGCAUUGGAUCUCAUUGCUAAGGAAUUGGAAAUAGUGCAACAGAUAGGAUUGAACUCCUCAAAGUGUGGAUGCGUAUUGAGACGUACAUUUGGUGUUCCCUGUGCAUGUGAAUUAGCACGGUAUGAUCCCUGUGGGUUAAUUUCAUAUCAUAUGGCGAAGAUUGCAUUUCUCAAAUGUUGA